AUGCUCAGCCUCCCGUCAUCUUCUUCUUCAUCUUCGGAUUCUGCCACGUCAUCUCCAGAAUCCCCACAUUGCUCAUCCUUAAAAUUAUGCGCCGUCUGUGAUCUACCAGCCAAGGGAAAGCACUUUGGAGCAUUUAGUUGUAGAGCGUGUGCAGCAUUUUUUCGCCGAACGUCUACCCAACCCGUGCAAGUCUUAAAAUGCAAAAAGAGCAAUAAUUGUAAACUAUUCAAUGGAAACGGAUGGUUUCAGUGUAAAAAGUGCCGAUUGGAGAAGUGUUUUCAAGUUGGAAUGAGCAUGAGAAAUUUCCAAUUCGACAGAGAUUCUAUAAAAGUGCAAUUUUUGAACAAAAAUUUGCCAUUAACAAUCGAAGAGCUGGUCGGUCGACCGCAUUUUGUAAUUUCUUGUGCUCCAAAAUUGCUGAAAAUCAAAUUUGACGAACGAAUCAUUGAGUGUGAUGGAUUUGUGGAAAAAGGAAAGGCGAUUUUAUGGGAGGGCUCUGAAACCCCAAUUUUCUCCACCAAUUCCCUUCAAAAAAUGGCGAUUGGACGUCGAAAAUUACAAGAAAAUCACAAUUUAAAUCUUAAAAUGAUUCGAAAUUUCGGAGAAUCCGAAACAAUGGCAUUUUGGGAGAGUGACUUUUUGAGAGCCGCCAAAUGGUUUACGAUUUUGAUGAAUUUCAAAAACAAGCUGGCAAUCACAGCAAUGGGCCGCCAGAAAAAGCUAAUUGGUGAUUUUGUGAUGCUUAGCAGUGGAAGUCAAUACUCUGUCAUGGAUAUGAAGAAUAUGGAGUUGGAUUUAACAUGGUGUGCAAGGCUGAGCAAUCAAGAAAUGCAAUUCUUCUACGACACGUCUGAAAACAAUAUCACCUACAAGUACGCCCAAGAGAUGAUGGAACUGAAUCCAGAUGACGUGGAGUUAUCCUAUAUGUUGGCGGAUUUGGCGUUAAGCCACGCCUCCAGACGGUUUCGAGGGGAAAUUGAAGAAAUUUGUGAGAAAUUAAUGGAAAUAUUGGGAAAUGCCCUACAUAAUUACUAUGUAGAGCAAAAAGAAACACCCAGAUAUGCACUCAGAUUGGCUCAAAUUUUGAAGAUCAAUCGGAAAAUUAAGGAAGAAGUCAUCCAAAUUCGAUCGAAAUUGCAGUUGGCCAAAAUUUUCGAUGUGCAUACUGUAGAAUUUUCGCAUAUGGAGUAUUUUGAGGACUUGUGA